CAUGAAGUCACAGCCUAUUUCACAUCCGGUUUACCCUGGGACGUAUUACUACUGUCUUGCUAAAGAGAAAGCUUUUGUUGUAGAGAGCGGCGGCCGGAAUACCGGCAAGGGAGAUUUGGCUGCUAAAAGCCCGGAGGAGCGGAGCAGCGGCGACGCCGGCAAUGGCCGAGGCGGAGUGAGCGGCGGGGCCGGAGCCGCGCAGCCUCCGCGGGCGGGCGGGGACCCCCGGCACAGCCGGGCAGCAGACCCGCGGGGCUCCUGGCAAGGGCAGCUGCACUCGAGCGCACCCCCGAGCGCGCCCGGCUGCUGCUGCUGCGGGCUCCGCGGCCAGGCGCGGCUCCUCCGCCCGCUCUCCGCAGUUUCAGAGUCCGCCAUGAAGAGAAUCCUGGUGCUUUGUGACUGCCUCUGGGCCUGGAGCCUCCUCCUAAAUGCACUGACUGAAAGAAGCUAUGGGCAAACCUCAUCACAAGAUGAACUUAAAGACAACACCACAGUGUUUACCAGAAUAUUGGAUCGUCUGCUGGAUGGUUAUGAUAACCGCCUGAGACCAGGACUGGGAGAGCGUGUAACUGAAGUGAAGACUGACAUCUUCGUCACCAGUUUUGGGCCUGUUUCAGACCAUGAUAUGGAAUACACUAUAGAUGUAUUUUUCCGCCAAAGCUGGAAAGAUGAAAGAUUAAAAUUCAAAGGACCUAUGACUGUUCUCCGGUUAAACAAUUUAAUGGCCAGCAAAAUUUGGACACCUGAUACCUUUUUCCACAAUGGAAAGAAGUCAGUGGCUCAUAACAUGACAAUGCCAAAUAAAUUACUACGAAUUACAGAGGAUGGGACAUUGCUGUAUACAAUGAGAUUGACUGUGAGAGCAGAGUGUCCAAUGCAUUUAGAAGACUUUCCUAUGGAUGUACAUGCUUGCCCUUUGAAAUUUGGAAGCUAUGCUUAUACCAGAGCAGAGGUUGUGUAUGAAUGGACACGGGAACCUGCAAGAUCAGUGGUUGUGGCUGAAGAUGGCUCUCGACUGAACCAGUAUGACCUGCUUGGACAAACUGUGGACUCUGGAAUUGUUCAGUCCAGUACAGGAGAAUAUGUUGUUAUGACUACACAUUUUCAUUUGAAGAGAAAGAUUGGUUACUUUGUCAUUCAGACUUACCUGCCAUGCAUCAUGACAGUGAUACUGUCACAGGUGUCCUUCUGGCUUAACAGAGAAUCUGUUCCAGCAAGAACUGUAUUUGGAGUAACAACUGUCCUAACAAUGACUACGUUGAGCAUUAGUGCAAGGAAUUCACUACCUAAGGUGGCCUAUGCCACUGCUAUGGAUUGGUUUAUAGCGGUUUGUUAUGCCUUCGUGUUUUCUGCACUCAUCGAAUUUGCAACAGUGAAUUACUUCACAAAGAGAGGUUAUGCAUGGGAUGGCAAAAGUGUCGUUCCUGAAAAGCCAAAGAAAGUGAAGGAUCCUCUCAUUAAGAAAAACAACACAUACACAGCUGCAGCUACAAGCUACACCCCUAAUAUUGCAAGGGACCCUGGGCUGGCAACCAUUGCUAAAAGCGCAACAAUAGAGCCCAAAGAAGUUAAGACAGAAACAAAACCUGCAGAACCCAAGAAAACUUUUAACAGCGUCAGCAAAAUUGAUCGACUAUCAAGAAUAGCCUUCCCAUUGCUUUUUGGAAUCUUUAAUUUAGUCUACUGGGCUACCUAUUUAAACCGGGAGCCCCAGUUGAAAGCCCCAACUCCCCACCAAUAACCUCAUUUAUUCAUCUAGCUCUGUUUUGUCUUUUGCUCUGGGAAUUGCUUUCAGUUUUCACAUACAGUAAUUCCCAUUUGCUUCAUUGCUUCUGUCUUAAAGAAAAUAAAGGUUUCUUCGUUUAACCAGAAGUAAAAUAUAUCCGUAUACGUAAAAACCCUUUGUCCAAGGGAGAGAACGAUACAUGCUAUAUAAUUUAACAAACUGAUUCCUAAAAAGGGAAAGAUCUAAUAAUAAAAAAGGAAAGCAUUUUAGAUACCUUAAGUACUGACUGUCCCCAAGAGAUAUUGUAUAUGGACAUGAAAAAGAUAUUUUUAUUCAAUGGAUUGUAAGGAGCAGGAUAGUAUUCUUUACAAAGUCCAUGUUGCAUAUACUAUGCUGUACCAUUCAACUGCUGUUUAUAAUCUUUUCAAGGAUGUAAAGCUUCCCAUUUGCCACAUCCUUGCCGAAAUAACAUAAAACGUUAUUUUCUUAAUCCUUUGUCCCUUCUAUACUCCAAACCACCUGAUUUAUAAUAUUAAAUGGUCUUUAAAGAAAAAGGGAAAUUAUUCACUGUAGGUACAGUUUAUCACUGUAUAGCACAUAAGAUCUAAUGGUAACAAAUGCUUUAAUCUGCUGUUUUACUGAAGUCUUGUUCUAAGCAUUGAGUUGUCACUAGACUAGAUUUAAAAAGAGUUGCACAAUCAAGUGCAUAUCCCAAGUCCCCUCUAUCUCCUGUGUAAUCCAAAAAAAUCCUGGAUGCUUUUACAGAUAGGUUUCAUCAUUAUGUUUUAGAGAGUUAAAAAAAAGUCGCAAGCUCUAGAUGUUGAAUGUAUUCUUUUAUAAAAUGAUACAUUAAAAAAGCUUUAGAUUGAAAUUUAUGGAUAGAUGAAAGACAGAAUAUAGUAUUUAAAUAAUAUAUGUAAAUAUGCAGCAUGAGAUUGUACUUUUUUUUUUUUUUUUUUACUUUUUUAAACUUUUGAUCUUAAAACAUUGUUUAGGAUUCACCUCUUAGCUCUUAAUAUGUUACUUAACACUCAAUAAAACAUAUUUAGAGCUUAGAUGAAGAAAAAAGUAUUGGUACUGGAAAGCCUAAAAAAAUACAUAGAAAGUGCUUGGAAUUAAUUCCAUUUGUAAAGUGGUUAAGUGUACAGUAGUUUGCGAUUUGACAAUGUCAUCUGAUGUUUACUAUUAGAUUACCAACUGGUCUGCUCAGGUCAUGCAUAAAUAAUAAAGGAAGGGAUUAUAUUUGGUAGGUUAAAAAUGGUGAAAUAUUAAGACAGAAGUUCAUCUGUAUAUUACUGCUAUAUUUGCUGAUACAUAACUGUUAACAAUAAGUGAUGUAAUAUAUGUAGCAUUAAAUACAAAAACAGAAGUCAUACACAAAAGAAUGUACAGGAAAAUAGAUUUUAUUGAGUAAACUUAUAACAUUUCAUUUUUACUGUAGCAAUAUAUUUGUAGGAACAAUAUGUAAGGGCUUUAAAUACAAGAUGUCCAUUUUACAGGUACUGUGCUCCCUUAAAAAAAUCUGGACAGUAUCGCUAUUGCUGAUUCUUAGAAAUAAAAUUUCAGAUAAAGAUUUUUCAAAGAGAUGGGAAGAAUGAUGGUGCAAGCAUCAAUUCAAAAACCAUAAUACAUGGUACAGAAUGAAUUUUAAAACAAUACUACAUGGACCUCCAGAGAAACUGCGAACGAAAAUCAAAUUUCAUAGGCGUGUUUCAGGCAAUGUUUUAUAAACUUUCUCAAUAAAUCAGAAAGUUGACAUUCUCUAUGUUAAAAAAAAAAAAAGAAAAGAAAAGAAAUAGUUAAUGUUUUAUUUAGUGUGUUUUUUUUUUUUUUUUGAUUCUUUUUAACGCUUCACUGUCUAACAUCUAGUCCUGUCUAAACUUGAUAAGUUAUCUGAUUGGAUCUUAUUAAAAGGGGAUGUUUUCAUCUUCUGGUAUCAUGUGUAGAUAUAUGUAUAGAAAAAAUAAACUAUGGCUCUUUAACUUCAGUGUACUUGUUUAUCUUGUUAUUUUUGGCGUUAAAUUAGUGUGUUCAUUUAUGGCAUUUUAUCCUUCUAGUAAUUCAUAGCUACCUUUUGGUCUGCAUUUUGCACAUUAGAUGUGAAUAUUAAUUAACUAGUCUGCUUUUUGCUAUGCAAUGACUGCAUAAUAUCACCUCUUAGUUUGUUAGUCUAUGCCAAUAGUAUUAUACUGUACAAACUUGAUUGCAGAAUUUAUCAAAGAUAAGGUAUUCAAUGUAGCUUUUUUACAGUGCUUUGCUAAACCAUGUAAUAAUAGUAAGUCUUCCUUGAAAAUAAUGAUACACUCUUAUAGAGGACAGUUUCUGUUUACUCCUGGGAUAAUUUUAAAAAGAUGACAUUGAAUGUUUAUUGCACCUCAGUGCAGUGAUGUGGCAAUAAAACCUAAAUCUAAUAGAGGUUGUUUAUGGCAGAAGCAUGUAUUGCUUUACAGAGUUUAGCAAAAGCUCUUUAUUUUAUGUCAGACUGUAAUUCUAUUAUAAUAAUAAAGCUAAAAAUGUUCAAUAAUGAAA